UGUGAAAGUACUUCCUGCCAGGUGGCGUUGUGACUCAUCAGGAAAUAACUCACCUGAGUUGUUGAUGGCGGCCAUUUUGGACUGGUUGAAGAAACAGUCCAGUGAGGCUGAGACGUAGUUCUUUCUCUCGGAGUGGAGCUCCAGAUGAAGGGUUAGGAGGACCCAUCAGAGACCAGACCCUGCUGAACCUGGGCCCAGCUGUGUGUCCAUGAAGACUCACCGGUCCAAGGAGACACCCCCACUUUAAACACAAGGAGACCUGUAAUGGACAGGCCAAUUAAAAUGGAGGAGAGAAGGAAGAGGCGAAGACAGAAGGACGGGGAGGACCAGAUUGAAAGCCGAAGACAGAGGACCCAUCAGAGACCAGACCAACCUGAUCCUGAUUCUGAUCCUGAACCCAGCUGUGUGUCCUUUGAGAGCGACCAGUCAAAUGAUGAAUGGAUUAACUUUAAAGGAGAUCAACCCUCUGCUGGAAAGAGAAUCCAUCAGAGACCGGACUCUGCUGGACCUGAACCCAGCUGUGUGUCCUUCAAGAGUGACUGGUCAUAUCAAGGCCUCAUUGACUUUAAAGGGCAACAACCCACUGCUGGAAAGAGUGUGGACCAGGAGAGCUCAGAGGGUCCCAGUGAUCAGCCUGCCCAGCAGCAUCAAACACAACUGGACUCCAUCUUUAUGCUGCUGGAGGAGGACAUUGUCACUUUUGUGAAGAACGAGCUGAAGAAGAUCCAGAAGGUUCUGAGACCAGAUUACCCAGAAUGCUUAGAGAGUCAGAGGGAGGGUAAGGAUGAAGAUCAGAGGAGGAGCAGAGAGGCGUUUCUGAAGAUCACACUGCACUUCCUGAGGAGAAUGAAGCAGGACGAGCUGGCAGACCGUCUGCAGAGCAGAAGUCCAGCAGGAGUUUCUCAGUGUAAACUCAAAUCUAAGCUAGACAGGAAGUUCCAGCGUGUGUUUGAGGGGAUUGCUAAAGCAGGAAACCAAACCGUUCUGGAUCAGAUGUUCACAGAGAUCUACCUCAUGAAGGGAGGGGCUGCAGGGGUCAAUGAUGAACAUGAGGUCAGACAGAUUGAAACAGCAUCCUGGAAACCAGACAUACCAGAAACAACAAUCAGACAAGAAGACAUCUUCAAAACCCCACCUGGAAGAGAUGAACCAAUCAGAGCAGUGAUGACAAAGGGAGUGGCUGGCAUCGGGAAAACAGUCUUAACACAGAAGUUCACUCUGGACUGGGCUGAAGGCAAAGCCAACCAGGACAUCCAGUUCACAUUCCCAUUCACCUUCAGAGAGCUGAAUGUGCUGAAAGAGAGAAAGUUCAGCUUGGUGGAACUUGUUGAUUACUUCUUUAGUGAAACCAAAAAAGCAGGAAUCUGCAGGUUUGAAGAGGUCUUGGUUCUCUUCAUCUUUGACGGUCUGGAUGAGUGUCGACCUCCUCUGGACUUCCUCAACACUGAGAUCCUGACUGAUGUUACAGAGUCCACCUCAGUGGGUGUGCUGCUGAAAAACCUCAUCAGGGGGGAUCUGCUUCCCUCUGCUCGCCUCUGGAUAACCACACGACCUGCAGCAGCCAAUCAGAUCCCUGCUGAGUAUUUUGACAUGGUGACAGAGGUCAGAGGGUUCACUGACGCCCAGAAGGAGGAGUACUUCAGGAAGAGAUUCAGAGAUGAGGAGCAGGCCAGCAGAAUCAUCUCCCACAUCAAGAGAUCACGAAGCCUCCACAUCAUGUGCCACAUCCCAGUCUUCUGCUGGAUCACUGCUACAGUUCUGGAGAAGGUGUUGAAGACCAGAGAGGGAGGAGAGCUGCCCAAGACCCUGACUGAGAUGUACAUCCACUUCCUGGUGGUUCAGUCCAAACGGAAGAACGUCAAAUAUGAUGGAGGAGCUGAGACGGAUCAAACCUGGAGUCCAGAGAGCAGGAAGAUGAUGGAGUCUCUGGGAAAACUGGCUUUUGAGCAGCUGCAGGAAGGCAACCUGAUCUUCUAUGAAUCAGACCUGACAGAGUGUGGCAUCGAUAUCAGAGCAGCCUCAGUGGUCUCAGGAGUGUUCACACAGAUCUUUAAAGAGGAGAGAGGACUGUACCAGGACAAGGUGUUCAGCUUUGUCCAUCUGAGUGUUCAGGAGUUUCUGGCUGCUCUUCAUGUCCAUCUGACCUUCACCAACUGUGGAGUCAACCUGCUGGCAGAAGAACAAAAAACAUCCAAGCUGUCUAAAGUCUUUAGAGACAGACUAAAACAUACCCACCAGAGAACACCAAAAUCAUUAAAACAGUUCUACCAGAGUGCUGUGGACAAGGCCUUACAGAGUCCUAAUGGACACCUGGACUUGUUUCUCCGCUUCCUCCUGGGUCUUUCUCUGCAGACCAAUCAGAAUCUCCUACGAGGUCUGCUGACACAGACGGGAAGUAGCUUACAGACCAAUCAGGAAACAGUGAAAUACAUCAAGAAGAAGAUGGAUGAGGAUCUGUCUAUAGAGAGAGGCAUCAACCUGUUCCACUGUCUGAAUGAACUGAAUGAUCGUUCUCUAGUGGAGCAGAUCCAAUGGUACCUAAGUUCAGGACGUCUCUCCACAGACGAUCUGUCUUCUGCUCAGUGGUCAGCUCUGGUCUUCAUCUUACUGUCAUCAGAAGAAGAUCUGCACGUGUUUGACCUGAAGAAAUACUCUGCUUCAGAGGAGGCUCUUCUGAGGCUGCUGCCAGUGGUCAAAGCCUCCAACAAAGCUCUGCUGAGUGGCUGUAACCUGUCAGAGAGAAGCUGUGAAGCUCUGUCCUCAGUUCUCAGCUCCCAGUCCUCUAGUCUGAGAGAGCUGGACCUGAGUAACAACAACCUGCAGGAUUCAGGAGGGAAGCUGAUCUCUGAUGGACUGAAGAGUCCACACUGCACACUGGAGACUCUCAGGCUGAGUGGCUGUAACCUGUCAGAGAGAAGCUGUGAAGCUCUGUCCUCAGUUCUCAGCUCCCAGUCCUCUAGUCUGAGAGAGCUGGACCUGAGUAACAACAACCUGCAGGAUUCAGGAGGGAAGCUGAUCUCUGAUGGACUGAAGAGUCCACACUGCACACUGGAGACUCUCAGGCUGAGUGGCUGUAACCUGUCAGAGAGAAGCUGUGAAGCUCUGUCCUCAGUUCUCAGCUCCCAGUCCUCUAGUCUGAGAGAGCUGGACCUGAGUAACAACAACCUGCAGGAUUCAGGAGGGAAGCUGAUCUCUGAUGGACUGAAGAGUCCACACUGCACUCUGGAGACUCUCAGGCUGAGUGGCUGUAACCUGACACAGAGAAGCUGUGAAGCUCUGUCCUCAGUUCUCAGCUCCCAGUCCUCUAGUCUGAGAGAGCUGGACCUGAGUAACAACAAACUGCAGGAUUCAGGAGGGAAGCUGAUCUCUGAUGGACUGAAGAGUCCACACUGCACACUGGAGACUCUCAGGCUGAGUGGCUGUAACCUGUCAGAGAGAAGCUGUGAAGCUCUGUCCUCAGUUCUCAGCUCCCAGUCCUCUAGUCUGAGAGAGCUGGACCUGAGUAACAACAACCUGCAGGAUUCAGGAGGGAAGCUGAUCUCUGAUGGACUGAAGAGUCCACACUGCACACUGGAGACUCUCAGUCUGUCAGGAUGUCUGAUCUCAGAGGAAGGCUGUUCUUCUCUGGUCUCAGCUCUGAGCUCCAACCCCUCCCAUCUGAGAGAGCUGGACCUGAGCUACAAUCAUCCAGGAGACUCAGGAGUGAAGCUUCUUUCAGCGGGACUGAAGGAUCCUCUCUGGAGAAUGGACACUCUCAGGGUGGAGCCUGCUGGAGUCAGAUGGUUGACACCAGGUCUGAGGAAGUAUUCCUGUGAACUCACAGUCGACACCAACACGGUGCACAGGAACCUCAAACUGUCUGACAACAACAGGAAGGUGACAUGUGUGAAGGAGGAUCAGUCAUAUCCUGGUCAUCCAGAGAGGUUUGAGUCCUGGUCUCAGCUGCUGUGUAGAGAUGGCCUGACUGGUCGCUGUUACUGGGAGGUCCAGACCAGAGGAAAGGUUGAUAUAUCAGUGAGUUACAGAAGAAUCAGGAGGAGAGGAGACAGUGAUGACUCUGGGUUUGGAUUUAACAAUCAGUCCUGGAGUCUGAGCUGCUCUGAUGAUCGUUACUAUGUCUGGCACAAUGACAGAAGAACCUCCAUCUCCUCCUCCUGCGUCUCUGGUAGAGUAGCAGUGUAUGUGGACUGUCCUGCUGGCUCUCUGUCCUUCUACACAGUCUCCUCUGACUCACUGAUCCACCUCCACACCUUCAACACCUCAUCCACCCAGACUCUCUAUCCUGGGUUUGGGUUCUGGUCUCGGGGCUCCUCAGUGUCUCUGUGUCCUGUGGAGGACGGAGAGUCUCCUCCUGUCUCUCACUGCUGAUCAGCUGAGUGUGGACAGGAUCACGCUUCCAGGAAUAUGUCAGCUUAUUGCUAUGAACCAA